UGAGCGGUGUGUGGGUCGGAAGGUCGCUGGCAGCGGUCGCCGCCUCCAUCAUAGAAGACGGAGGAGUAGUGGUAGAGGAAUGUUACACACCGAGGGAUGAGUCGUUGAAGUUCCCAGCUCCUCGUUCCCACAAGUCGGGUUACAUCCUUGGUUCUGCCUUGAUUCAGUAGAAGAGAUAAUUGACCUGCUUUUACUUGAAGGAGGACACUUACUGACUUGAUCUUCAUCUUGGAGCAAGUUACUUUACUUUAGCUGUCAUAGAGGAGCAGCAGUAAGGCCACUGAUGGGUGUCUGCCAAACAUCAUGACUUUAGGCCAGAAUUCAGCAGACGGUUUCUCAGGUGGAGACUACCUGACAGAAGAUACAGUUCUUCGGUCAUAUGCCCUCUAUCCUACCAAGAAGCGCCGCUGUUGUCACAUCGAUGGGGACAGCUUCACCAUCAUCGGCACAUGUUUUUCCAUUCUUACUGUUGCCAUUACAGUUGCUCUUAUUAUCCAGAUACACUAUGGUAACCCAGAGGUAACCCCUCAUGGAGCCGUUGCCACGGAUGAAGAGGAAUGUAGCCGUGUGGGAAUCACUAUUAUGAGAGAUGGUGGGAGUGCUGUUGAUGUGUCUAUAGCUUCUAUAUUGUGUAUGGCUGUUGUUCACCCACACACAGUAGGACCAGGAGGGAGUGGUGUAAUGUUGAUACGUGACCACAAGACCAACACAUCUACUGUACUGGACUUUAUGAGUGGUGUUCCACGAAGCCACAAGCAUGAUGACCCUCAGCCCCAUGAAACUGAUGGACAAAGCAUUGGAGUUCCUGGGUUGUUACGAGGUCUGCAGUAUGCUCACAGCAAGUAUGGAAAGUUACCAUGGGCAAAGCUCUUUGAACCAAGCAUUGAAAUUGCCAGGCGAGGAUUCAAUGUAUCAGCGCAGCUUGAAGAAGCUCUGAAGAAAUCCAACAUCACUAAAGUGGAUGGUGCUACACCCUUUGACCAAACAUUCUUUCCCAAGGGAAUUAUGUUGAAGAAGGGCAGCUUCAUGCAAAGGAAAGAUUUUGCAGAGUUUUUGGAUGUUGUGGCUACUUACGGUGCUGAUAGUUUUUACGCUAUUGAAUUUGGUGUGGAAGAAAUUGAAGCAUUACGAGCAAAGGGGUCAGAAAUACACGUGAAAGAUUUUGAAGAUUACCAAGUUCGUGAACGGCCAUGUAUCCACAUCUUGGUACAAAACAGAUCAUUAUAUACAGCUCCUGCACCAUUUGGAGGCCCUCAACUUUUGACAGCAGUUCACCUACUACGGAACUCAAAUAUAACACAUUUUACUACGCCCUCCACCCUCUACCAUUAUUUUAUUGAAGCCAUUAGGAGAAGUUAUGCUGGCUUUAUAAAAUUAGCUUCUGCAAAUGAAACUGAUCUUCAGAAUCUAACAGAGCUGCUGCUUACCUCAACAUCAGGUGAAUCCUUGGAUUCAUCUGUGAGUCAUGCUGAUACCAACAUACCACGCUUUCCAGAACAAGCUGCCUCGUCCAUUUCUGUUAUUGAUACUUUUGAUCAAUACGUCACAUCUAUUGUUGGACUGGGGACAUACUUUGGUUCUCGAAUGAUGACCAAGCACGGGAUCCUAUUCAACAACCAUCUGGCCAACAUGUUGCCUCACACUCAUCCAGAUAAUACCCAACACUCUCAUGCUCGACCCGUUACGUCAUAUACUCCAGUUAUUAUUACCGACUCGACGCAAGUAUGUGGGAGAAGAGUUGUGUUGGGCAGCCCCGAGGUUGGAGCAGCAGUACAGGUAGUAGGACAGAUGGUGUUUCAAGAUUAUGACUUGACAAGGGCCAUUGAGCAACCCAGAAUUACAGUAAAACCUGGUAUUAACCAAAUGUUUGUGGAAGAUCUGCGAAACGGGGAUCCCAUUCUUGGUUCUGUUCGGAACGAACUUGAAGCAAUGAAUUACACCUUCCAGAUUCUUCAUUUGCCAUAUGCAAGUGUUAAUGGCAUUGCUAAACUUAAAGAUACAUUAUUGUCGUGGUCGGAUGCCCGUGGUGGGGGCGUUGCACAUCGUUUGGAGCCAGCCCCCAAACAUACUGAAAAUAUCACCAAUGGUUCCUGAUUAUUUACCAGAAUUUUUAUUUUUCUGGGGGGAAGCCCUUUCAGCUCCCCAGAGCUAUCCAGGCUGAUAUGGAUAUACAGGUGUAUUAGACUUUGGCAUCAGUCAUAUGGAGUUCCUAGGCCUACCUGGGACCAUAAGCCAGAACCUGGCCCCCCUCAAAAAGGCAUGAGAAACAAUGGCUCAAAUCCCCGUGUGGUUGGAAGCAUUCCAUGUCUGCCAUCGACCGGGUCAGGCACCCAAAAAGGUAAGUGCCCCAAAACAAACCCCUAUUCUGGUUAAAAUAUUGCUACUGAAAGCUGAAUUAGUGGACAGAACUUCCCAAAUGAAAACAAACAAACGAGCAUAACGUCACCACGUCACCGCACUGCUGUCUACGCAAACCCCCUCCCUGGGAGGGGGAAGGGGAAGCCUCAGACCCUCACACCUGCUAUCCAUCCUACAGUUCUGUGGUUGAUGUGAUUGGCAACAGUCAUUUGACUGGCUCCUGUUUUCUGUCACGGCUCUGUGCCUUGUGGUGUGGUGCUGUUCUCUGGUGGUGUGUGAGCCAGGAGUAAUCUCGCAAGUACUCGGGCUACAUGCGCCUUGGGUCCCCUUCCCUAGGUGCCCAAUAAGUACUGUCCUUGGGGCCAUCUUCCACAAGUCACCUUGGGGGCUACCUCCGUAAGGUCUUUUGCUGCUUGGUGAUUGACCGCCUAUGGAGUCA